AUGGGCGCCAGUGCUUACUGCACUGGUAGCUUCGCCCUGGCCACUUCCCAACUAGGUUUGCAAGGAAAUUUUCUAAUUACAUGA